AUGCCUCUUGAAGUCACCCUCGACUUCGAGGCAAUUCUCUUUGACGUGGACGGCACCUUGGUCGAUUCGACCGAUAGUAGUGAGGCCAGGUGCUUCGAAGAGGUGAUUGUGGCCAAGUCCACCAAGAACGGCCACCACGGCAUCGUCGCGCUGCUCGAUGUCAAAGCGAUCGUGGCAUCGGUGCGCUCUCUAUCGGCAUUGACGAGUUGGACGCUGCUUUGGGCAAUACUGGUUCUCAAUCAACCAAAUUUCAACACUCAAGGACACACGCCUCAGGCUGCAAGUUCAGACUCUCCUAUAUACCAAGCCGACUCAUCCUGA